ACUUACUCGUUCACUCAGUCAGUGUGUCGCCGCACCAAUACAACAUUUAACCUGAUACGCGCAAUUGUUUUGCUUCCUCUUCACUUGUUUGUUUGUUUAUCUGCCACUUCCUGCUUCGACUGUCAAACGUCUGUCAAAAGUGACAGGUUAUAGGUUGGAUCGAGCGACCAGUGUAUGACAUAUGGAAAAAAGACAAUUCAGGAUCUAAAAGUUUAUUCAUCACACAUUCCUGCUAGAAAAAUGCCCGACAACUGUAAAUCCUGCACGCUCCGCGACGCAAACAACAACAACUAUCCUGCUCCCGUGGGCAGCAACAUUUCCGACAGGAAUCGUCCAGCAGGACACAAACAAAAGAGCAUACAGGUGACAGCGAAGGUCCUUUUCGGCUCCGUUCACGCCAUCAACAGGCUCAAACAGGAGGAAAAAACUGCCAGGGAGAACAAAAGAAUAUAAAAUUUUUUCACCCAAUUUGGACCAUACUGUUACUGGCGACUGCAAUGACAUUAGGAACCGCAAAAAACGACAAAACAAUUGACGACACACUUAAAACAAAAGACAAUAACACAACGGAAUCCCACUAUAGAAAAAAAAUCGACGAUUUUAACACAACAAUAACAAACAUUAAAAAGGAAAGUUCAAACAAUUAUGACGCAAUAAAAAUUAACCAACAUGUCAACGAAAACAAAAGAACCAUAGAUGACGACUCGGAUCUCAGGUCGGCCAUGAAUUCCAAGCAACGAGAGCUAGACGAAGCCGUUUUGUAUGGCAUAAAGUCCAUGCAGGAUUUAUACGAAAAAAAAGAAUUAAUGUGGUAUAAAAUGGGUUUAACUUUGGAAAAAAACCACCCGGCCAGUUUUGUGGCCAAAUUUGGAGCGCCGAACGAAAGGGCCCUCAAACUCUCCCGAUUUGGGUACGCUGCACUCGAAGCAACUGUUAAAAUAGCAGAAACCUAUCCGAACAAUGUAGGCCGAGAGAACGGCUUUCCAGAGGCGGUUCAAUCCAGACUCCUUCUGGAUGAAUGCCCCCUUAAGGGAACGCCCAGGUGUUCCCAGGCUACUAGACGUUACAGGACUGCAGACGGGACCUGCAACAAUCUUAGGAAGCCUUGGAGAGGAUCCGCCAUGUUGCCGUUGCAACGCUUCAUGCCGCCUGUAUACGAAGAUGGAAUACAAAGCAUUCGUCGAUCAGUUUUCAACAGCAGGAGACUCCCUUCACCAAGAUCUAUUAGUACCAGAGUUCAUAGAGAUAAGAAUCAAGAAAUACAAAGUGUAACUUUGCUCUUCAUGCAAUGGGGUCAAUUUAUUGAUCACGACAUAACCUCUACAGUUAAAUCAAGGAGUUUCAAUGGGUCUAUACCAAGGUGCUGCGACCAAGGUGGUCGAGGGUUUCUACCACCGGAACUUAUGCACCCAGCUUGUCUACCAAUUGAAGUCUCCAGUGAAGAUUGGUUCUACUCCCAUUUCGGUAUACGUUGCUUGGAAUUUCUACGUAGUGCGCCAUCUACGAGAAUAGACUGCGAUUUGGGAUGGAGGGAACAAAUAAACCAAGUUACACCAUUCAUAGAUACUUCAACGAUAUACGGUAGCGAUAUAGAGACCUCAGAUUCCAUGCGUACAUUUAGAAAUGGUAAACUUAUCUAUGGCAGACCUCGUCAGGGGCCCCUCAACCCCCCUGACCCUCCAGGUGGUGAAAUUUGCCGUUCAGGGGCCAUAUCGAGCGAUUGUUUUAGAACUGGCGACGGGAGAUCUGAUGAGCAGCCCGCUUUGACCGCUUUGCAUACUGUUUGGGUUAGAUAUCACAACAAAAUAGCGAAUGUGUUGGGGAAAUUGAAUCUUCAUUGGAGUGACGAGAAAACUUAUCAGGAAACAAGAAAGAUUGUGUAUUCUGUGGUUCAACAUAUCACAUAUCGGGAGUUUUUGCCUAUAGUAGUUGGGCAAGACGUAAUGGAGCUUUUCGAAUUGAAUCUGGUUCGUAAAGGUUACUACAAUGGAUAUGAUGAUAGAGUGAACCCACAAAUAGCAAACGCAUUCAGUGCUGCUGCGUUCAGGUUUGGACAUAGCAUGGUUCAAAACACAUACGUCAGAGCUGAUAGUGAUCAUAGGCCGAUAUUCAACAAUGUGAGCCUUCACUUGGACCCUGAAAACAGCGAGAAUAUAUGGAGGAGUGGUUCUGUAGAUAGACUAAUUCUAGGUUUGGUAAACCAACCUUCUCAAAGAAGGGACGAAUUCGUUUGUGAAGAGUUAACCAAUCAUUUAUUUCAAUUCUCCGACACACCGUUUGGUAUGGACUUGGCAGCAAUUAACAUCCAGCGAGGGAGGGACCAUGGUCUACCCCCUUACACUUCAUGGCGUGAACCUUGUGGUUUAUCCCCUAUUAAAUCGUGGGAUGACUUAAAAGACAUCAUACCCAAAGAGACUCUAGCACGUUUACAAUCACUAUAUGACGAUAUUGACGACAUAGACUUAUUUACCGGUGGUCUAGCUGAGAAACCACUACGUGGUGGUGUAGUUGGACCUACAUUUGCUUGCAUCAUAGCUCAACAGUUCCUCUUGCUUCGUAAAGGCGAUAAAUUCUGGUACGAAAACGGCAAUUUUGAAAGUUCUUUUACUCCAGCUCAACUGCAGCAAGUUAGACAUGUUACAUUGGCGCAAGUUCUGUGCCAGACCAUGGAUAGCAUUGAAACAAUACAACCCUUUGCAUUUUUAUCACAUGAUAACUUUAGGAAUAUUAGACUUCCCUGUGACAGCCCUAGUAUCAAUACCUUCGAUCUUUCACCUUGGUCUGAGAUAGACUUUAAGGAUUCCAACGCAAAUCAUAGACGUGAAGGUGUGGUAGAAGCACGAGCGAAAUCGACAAAGGACUGUGACAAAAAACGGACUAAACGACGUAAGACUCAACCCAACAAAACACGACCAACAUCUAACAGUAUAAGACGUUCAACGACAGCAUCAAGUGUUAACAAACGGACAACGACAAGAAGAAUACGUACGACUGAACGACCCUUGAAAAUACCUAUAGUUAACGUGACGACGAAUACAGUACAACUAGAAACCAAAGACAGACGACCGAUUUACUCACAACCUUUACAGUACUACGACGAAGUAGACAAAACUAGGGUGACAUACUUAUUCGGACUUGCAACUAAGACUACACCGGCUCCAGUAAAAGCCGAGAAACCGUUGGAGUUGAACAUUAAAAUUCAAUACUACCUACCGACGACGACAACGACAAAAAAACCGACCAAACGUAAACGUACCAAACGACCAAACGUUGUCGACCAUGUAAGCUACCCAAUUUUCGUGCAACAGACCAGACCAUCGGACUAUUACAACACACAGACUACUGCAAGACCAAACGACUAUUACCAAAGACCCCAAAUUUUCACCAACAAUGACUACCAACAUAACUACAACGACGACCAUUAUAAUCGACCAAUAGACAGACCAAACGUCAACGUAUACGUAUCGACGGAAAAGCCUUAUGCGAUUCGACCAAAUACUUACUAUGACAGUUUUAACUAUGGACACACAACAAAGAAGACGUACAAACCUUACAAUAAUGACUUAUACGUAUACGACUACACGACACAACGUAACCCUUACAAUAACAAACCAAGCUACGUACAAGGUGGAUACAACAGGGGUGACCCGGAGAUAUCUGACGUUUACUCGCAGUUGUAUAAUGACGGACAGACUAACCCAAACAUACCUAUGAAACCUACUUUCGGACAAUUUACUACAGACGACAAACCUAACAAAGGUCACAUACAUAAACUAGACAAUCACCAUAACUUUCACCCAUUAGGGACGGUACAAAAACUUGACGACAAACUGGACUUUAAAACGAGGUUUGUGUACAAUCAACAAAAUGACGAUGAUGACGGACGUUUCAUCAAGAUUUCUUCAGUGAAAUCAGACCAAAUAGUGACCAACACGAAACAGACCUACUUACAUACAGUACAAUCACGGGACGACGAAGUCGAUUUGUUAGACGUAAACGACACUGACACUGCAAUGAUUAACAACAAAAGAAACGGACUUAGACUUGUUGAAAUUGAUGUACAACCUGACGAGAUAAGGAACGAACAAUGGCUUAUCUACAACGCUACAGAUGAAACGAUGCCUCUAGUAACUCUCCCCGAUAUAAACACAGAUAUUUCUUGUUCUAAAGAAGUACCAAAACCCAUGACCCUACACAAGAGAAAAUCCCGACAAUAUGGUUGACUUUUUCCACGACUUACUUACCCUACAUACAUACCGACAUAUUUGUGUUACUUUACCUUACAAGACUGACCGACUUUCGACACACUAAUGACAUUACUUUUAGGUUAAAAAGAAGAAAUUCGUUUUUUAGUUAUACCGGCUAAAAUACUGCCAUUGGGUGAUAUGUUUUAUUUAUUUUAUUAAUUUUAUUGUAUUUAUUUUAUCGAGAAAUAAAAUUGUCUAAAUUAUCACUCGUGUUAUUGAAUCCUUAAAAAUCAUCAUCGCUAUUAUCCUGUAGCUGCUUACUGCUAGUUUUUCGUCCUGUCGGAGCCUUUCUAUCCAUCCCUGAUAGCUCUAUAGCGAGCGAC